AUGGAGGAACCCCUCCUCGGCGACUCUGUAAAAACAUCCUGUGAGCGAUGCCGUCGCCGUAAGAUAAAAUGCGAUCGAAAGCGUCCCUGUACAAGAUGUGCCAAAGCGGGGACUGAGUGCGUCCUCCAGGGCAUUGGAGAAAAGCAACGACCUGUUUCAAAGAGCUAUAUUCAAGCUCUGGAAGGCCAAAUAACCGCGCUUGAGCAGGUCAUCCGUAAGCUCGCCGUCGCCAACGGCGACGAGCGAGAUCAGAUCAUCUCAGAUCUAUCCUUGGCCACGGCAGCUCCCGACGUCUCCCCACCAGAUGGCGGACAGGCCGGUCCCGAGUCAGAUGCCGGCCUUGCGGCUGCGCGGGUCAAAUCUGGUCAACUGAGGCGAUUGAGGGGAGAAAAUGCGGCUCAGUUCUUUGGAGGAACAAGCGCAUUGCAGAUACACUUUUCAAAGGAAUCAUCCUCCUCGUCCCCGGCAGCGGCGAGUGCUAUGGGUUUGGAGUCUUUGGCCAUAUCAACAGAGGGCCUGGAUCCUAGUACUAACCAGAAUCUCAUCAACAGCAACGUGGGUCUGGGCGACCUGUAUGGCUAUGUUGAUGACUUUGGCCUGAAGAGUGCCUCUUUCCAGUAUGAGCCCCACCAUGAAACUUCGCAGAAGCUCAUGUCGACCUUUUUCUUGGAGAUUUAUCCAUACAACAUGGUCGUGUACCGCGAGUACUUUCUAAGAGACUACGAUGUCGGAUCUGGCAAAUACUAUUCAGACGUGCUGUUGUAUUCCAUAUGCGCCCUGAGCGCGCUUCAGUACGAUGACAUGCUCAGCCUUUCCGACGUCUUUUCGAACCAGGCCCAGACUCUGCUUUACUCUAACCUUGAUAGUCCUGACCUGACGACUCUCCAAGCCCUUAUUCUACUUGGCUAUCGUGAGAUUGCUGUUGGCCGAGCAUCCAAGGGCUGGCUGUUCUGCGGCAUGGCUUUCCGUCUCGCGCAUGAAAUGGGCCUCCAUCUCGAUCCGACCAACUGGGAGGAGUCUGGCGAGUCAAGUGGUGAAAGAGAGAUUCUGCGGCGAGUCUACUGGGCUGCGUUCAUGGCUGACAAGCAACUCAGUCUAUACUUUGGCAGGCCUCCGGCUCUGUACCCCGGCGAGUCGGAUGUGCGGAAUACCAUCCGGCUGCGAUAUCCCCCUGGUUGGCAGGGUCUCCUUGAGACGUACAUUUGCAAGGUGUCAGCAAAUGAGUGGGAUAACGGUGUUGCGCUCGUGGGCUCAUUCAUUUACAGGGCGGAAUUGUCCAAGAUUAUUCAUGUCAUCAUCACUGACUUGUUUGAGAAUCGGAGAGGAGGCGCAGACCCGACCAUAAUCGCGACCAAGACGCGGAGAAUACAUGUGCAGUUGACCAAAUGGCUCUCAAAUCUCCCCAGCUUCCUGCACUGGAACCAAUGGACGGUUGGCCAGGUGCCUCAAGUCGUUUUGCAUCUUCACAUGAUGUUUCACACCAUCAUGAUAAUUCUCCAUCGGCCACCGUCGCAUAUGUUUGAGAAGCCAGGUAUUGCCGACAGCGAAGACGUGGAAAUCUGCUACGAAUCUCUGCAGGCAAUCCUACGUCUCAUGCGAACCUUUUCUCGCUACUACCGCUAUAGGUCAUUGCCCUUGGACUUCGUGCACACGCUGUCCACCGCCGCGAGCACAGUCAUGAUGAAGCGCUUCCUGCAGAAGGCAUCGUGGAGCGACCCGGACAUUGAGCGAGCGCUGUCGCUCAUCACGCUGGCCAUGGACGAGAUCCAAAACACCUGGCCCUGCGUGCGAGAGGUCAGGGACGUGCUCCUGCAGGCGCAGCAAACACAGGCGUCGAUGCCGCCGGAGGAUCCUCUGGAUGCGCCGGAUUUGAUGAAUGGGCUUGAAGUGAACAAUGAGUUCUUUGCCAAUCUAGGAGACGGCGAUAUUGGCACACUUAUUACGGACGAGUUCUUGAGUGCGCAACUCCCGGGAAUGGGUCUGGAGUCGGAUCUGGAGCCAUUUGAUUUCAAUCAGAUGCCGGGACCUUCUUGA